AGGACACGGCCGCACCGUCGCAAGAUACGAGAUGAACACGGUUCUGUCCGAAAGCAGCUCACUCAUCAUCUAUCUGGACAAGGUUUCACACACACGACCAGAGGAGAUCAGCUUUAGGAUCCAUCAGAGGUUAAAAGUUGCCGUUUCACAACCAGCAGCCGUGUCUGUCUAUGAGUACUACGACCAAGCACCGUGUGUGAAAUUCUACCAUCCAGAGAGGCAGAAUAUGAAGCUCUGUAAAAACGAUGAAUGCAUCUGUGUAGAAGCGACCUGCAACAUGCAGAAGCGUUACAGAAGCAGCACUGAUGAGCGCACAGUUAAGAUUUGCGAGAGCAGCAGAACAGAUUUUGCCUACAAAGCUACAGUGGAAGAGACUGAGUUUGAGUCGUCUGCAGACUCUUACAUAAUGCGCAUUGUCAUGGUUAUUAAAGAAGGACCAACUGAUACUAAUGUUCAAGGCAAACUGCGCACGUUUCUCAGUCAUCAGCACUGCAGACAUGCAUUAAAUCUGGAAAAAGGCAAAACCUACCUGAUCAUGGGAUCAUCCAAAGACAUUUACAGAGACGACCAGAAUCAAAUGUUCCUGUAUGUACUCGGGGAGAGGCCCUGGAUCGAGUACUGGCCCUCAGACGCAGAGUGCCAGACCGAAGAACAUCGAUCUACCUGCGAGGGCAUGGAGGAGAUGAUCGAUCAUUACAUCUCUUUUGCUUGCUUGAACUGAAGGAAAUAACCGUCCGUUUUUAAAUAUGCUUCAUUUUGCAGUUGUUCAACAUCUGCUGACAAGUGUAAAAAGUGACAAGACUCACAACAUUAUUAAAAAUCUCUUGGGUUGUUUCAACUUUAA